AAAUUUGUUGGGGAAAUGUAUCGUCUGCUGAAAGGAGAAUCCUGCUCUGUGCUCGCGCAGGUGGACAGCGCCGCCAAGCUGCCCGUGCUCGUGUUCGUCCACGGCGGCAGCUUCCUCACGGGCUCGGCCGGGGAGAAGAACCCGCAGGCCCUGCUGGACCACGACAUGGUGCUGGUGUCGCCUCAGUACCGCCUGGGGCCGCUGGGGUUCCUGAACCUGCAGACCGACGGCAUCCCGGGUAACGCCGGCCUCCUGGACCUGGUGGAGGCGCUGCGCUGGGUGCGGGACAACAUCGAGCACUUCGGCGGCGACCCGGCCCGGGUGACCCUGGGCGGGCACAGCGCGGGCGCGGCGGCCGCCAGCCUGCUGUACCUCAGCCCGCUCACCAAGGGCCUGAUCCAGGCCGCGAUGCCCAUGUCGGGGUCGGCGCUGUCCUUCUGGGCGUACGACCGCGCGCCGGAGCAGGCCGGCGCCGCCAUCACCAGGGCCGCCCUGUGCGGCGGCGACGAGGUGCCCCUCGAGCAGCGCGUCCAGUGCCUCAAGAAGCUGCCCGUCAAACGAAUCAUCACCUCCUUCCUCUUCUACAUUGUGAGUAGAAACAGCAGAGUUGCGACAUUUUAG